AUGACUGAAACUUUGGAGUUGUUGGGUGACAAUUACCAGUGCUCGUCGUCCAGAGAGGCUAUGAUGUACCAGUCGUCUGUUUUCAAUCCUGAUGUGGAGAAAAUGUUGCAUUUGAUGUCGGAGACUGUGAGGUUUCCCAAGAUUACGGAGGAAGAAUUGGAAGAGCAAAAGACUACUGCACUAUAUGAGAUCGAUGGUGUUUGGCAGAAGCACGACUUGAUUUUGCCAGAGCUUUUGCACCAGACUGCAUACUCUGGAGAAACGUUGGGGUCGCCGUUAUUGUGCCCCAAAGAGUUGAUUCCAUCGAUCUCGAAGUACUAUUUGGCUGAUUAUAGGAACAAGAUGUACAAUCCCGAAAACAUCGUAGCAGCUUUCGUCAGUGUGGACCACGAUAAGGCUGUUAAAUUGACGGAGAAAUACUUUGCUGACAUGAAAAGUAAACAUCCUCCACUCACGCGUAAGGCAGCUGUUUACACAGGUGGGGAACAAUGCAUUGCUCCGGGCCCUGUUUUCGGUGGGUUGCCAGAGCUCUACCACAUGCAAUUGGCAUUUGAAGGUUUGCCCAUAGAUCAUCCGGAUAUCUACGCAUUGGCCACAUUGCAAACCUUGCUUGGUGGUGGUGGCUCUUUCAGUGCUGGUGGGCCAGGUAAGGGGAUGUACUCUAGAUUGUACACCCAAGUCUUGAAUCAAUACUACUACGUCGAAAACUGUAUUGCAUUUAACCAUUCGUACAGCGAUUCAGGUCUCUUUGGGGUUUCUAUCUCUUGUGUGCCUCAAGCAGCCCCAUACGCUGCAGAAAUCAUCGCUCAGACGCUAUCCAACAUAUUUGCCAACGAAAAGACAAAGUUGACAGAGGAAGAAGUCGGAAGAGCCAAGAACCAAUUGAAAUCAUCAUUGCUCAUGAACCUUGAAUCGAAGAUUGUGGAACUUGAAGAUUUAGGUAGACAGGUUUUGUUACACGGGCGUAAGGUUCCAAUUGAAGAAAUGGUCGAGAAUAUUGAAAAGCUUACCGUGGAUGACAUAAAACGUGUUGCUGAAACAGUUUUCACUGGAAAAGUUAAAAAUCCUGGUAAUGGUUCCGGAAAGGCUACCAUCGUAAUGCAAGGCCAAAGAGAUUCGUUUGGUGAUGUCGAAACGGUUUUAAGGUACUACGGUUUAGGUAACUACCCAAAGUUGGAAAUUCCACAGCCAAAGAAGAAAGGAUGGUUCUAA